GCUUAAUUACUCCGUAUGAGGUGAGGGAAUAAUGACUUUUGGUGGUUGACCAGUCAAAGCUUCCAAAAGAGAAUCUAAACCUUCCAUUUAUUGACACUCCCGCCGCACGAACACACACACAACCUAAGCGCUGCUCUGUUCUGUCCUGUCCUGUCAGAACGAAAAACAGUAACAAUGGCGGCCCACGAGCAGAAGAACAAGGAAUCGCGGUACGAGAAGAGAAAGUCCACCAUCUUGCGGAAAAGCAGAGAGCUGUCCAUCCUCUGCGACGUCAAGGUCUGCGUCGUCAUCGUCUCCCCCGACGGCGCCAAGCUGGAGACUUGGCCGGAGAGUCUCGACGACGUGAAGGCCGCCUUGGACGAAGCCGCGGCGUCGGACAAGCGCCACCUCCCCGACGGAAACCAAAAGCGGCGCCGCCGGAAUCCCUCGGGAUCCGAAAUUCCGGACGAGGAGAAGGCGAUGAUGCUGGCCAUCACCCCGGACUGCCCGGCGGUUAAUAAUGUUGCAGAGGAGGAAGAAGAUGCAGGGGGGGUUGUUGUGGACGCCGGCAAGAAAACAGAGCAUUAUCUUGAUCCUUCUCACGCCAAUUCUUAUGGCAAUUUAGGGUUUCCGUCUGGAAUUGGGGAUUAUUAUUUCUAUAAUUAUUCAUACCCGGGGAAUAAUUAUGAGAAUCAAAUCAUUCAUCGUCAUCAUCAUCAAGAAAUUGGGAGUGAUCUGUAUUUUGGUGAUCCAAGUUGCAGCAGCAGCUAUGGCGGCGGCGGCGCUGGGAUAUUUGAAAAUCAAAUUCCUCCUCCUCCUCCUCAACUGGGGGUAAUGGGAAUUCUGAUUUUGCUGGAGGGACGGUAAAUAAUGGGGCGGUUAAUAAUAUUUACUAUGAUCC